AUGUCUGCCCUUCCCCAGCUAAAAGCUCUUGGUGACCCAAUCCCUGACCGAGAUCAUGCGAUAUCCGUCCAUUUCCCUACAUGGGACGACGUCCGCGACUAUGGAGCAGGAAAGCCUCGUGUUGCCAACGCUCUUCAAAUGGAUAUCCAAGAUCGCACUUACACAAAUAUAACCAAGCAGUAUGUGACUGCAAACCCUAUUUUUUGUGCCCCAUCUGAAGAGUUGGUGUUAUUUCCAGACUAUCAGACGGCGGAGGACUGCAAGAUAUUUAUUACUUCUCAAAGAGUUCAUUCGGCCAAUGCUGCGAACCCUAAAGAUGUAUCGCUUGUGCUGGUGGAAUUUAACAAGGCCCAAGAUGCAUCCAGCGCCGAGGACGUUCUUUUUAUUCCUCGACUGUACGGUGUCGUGCACCCCGCCGAAUUUCGCAAGGUAAAAAUGACGUUUUGGCGACUCACCGGCACGGGGAUCUCGUCCCGCCCCUCCGCUGAAUUGCCAGUCUAUGACACAAUCCGGAAGAGAGUGGCCGAGUUUCUAAACCGUGCUCCCACUAAUCCUGGACGAGCACAGCGCGACAAAAAGCGACGAUGUGUUCUUUACCCGUCAGGAAUGGCGGCUAUUUACCACGUUCAUCAUGCACUACCGAAAUGGCGGAAUUCUGAUAUUAUGAUGCUGGGCUUUCCCUACGAGCUUACCAUCAAGAUGAUUGAGGCUAUGAAUAGUCGCAAAGGUCAGAAGAUCCAGUCGGUAUGGUGCGAGUGCCCGAAUAACCCAAUGCUGCGGACUUCAAACCUGAAACGUGUACGGAAACUGGCCAACCAGUAUGAUUUUAUCUUUGUAGUGGAUGAUACGAUCGGAAGCUUUGCGAAUGUGGAUGUAAUGGAUGUUGCAGAUAUUGUUGUGACCUCGCUUUCAAAAUAUUUCAACGGGUUUGCCGAUGUUCUUGCGGGCAGCAUUUUCCUAAACUCUAACUUUCCACACUACCCGGAAUUGAAGAAUGCCUUUAAUGCCGAAUAUACCAAUAACCUGUAUCUCGCGGACGCGAUGCGGCUCGAGCUCAACAGUCGGGGCUACCUCGAGCGUUUUACACAGCAAAACAACACUGCCUCCGCUGUGGUUGACUUCCUAUGCCCUUACACGAGUGAUGCCAAGAGCACCUUGGCUACAGUCUACUAUCCGAAGCUGGUUCUUCAGCAGGAGAAGACCUGGGCUUCGAGCCAUGGUUUGAGCGAGACGCUAGUGCGCAUUUCAGUUGGAAUGGUGGAAAAACAUAGCAUGUUGGAAUGCGUGAAGAAGGCAUUGCAGGCAGCAGAUGCCACCAGGAAUGCCUAA